GGGAAGAAUGACUCUGCAGUGAUGAAGAAUGCGUUCUGGAUGAUUGUUGGACCAUUGCGAACGGCAUCUUGAGUAACAAAACCUCUCUCACACGAGCAUGUCUGUUAGUGUGCAACUUUAAUGUUUUUUUUAAAACAAGGAUGAAUAAGCAAACAAUGGGCCAAGCUGCACUUGUCUGACUGAAAGGAAGUUCAAGAGGAAGAUACUCACCCUCAACUCCUCGCCCUUUUUUUAUUGUCUGGGAGUGAUUUUCAUACGUCCUAUGCUCUUCUCGCUGUGGGGUCUCGAGGCUAUAACCUUCCCUCUGAUGUUAAGGCAUUUCUCUCUUACCUGUGAAUCAUAAUAUUAAUCUUGUACAGUCUGCAAACAUUUAAAGGAAGUAUAUCUUUUUUAAGGCAAUGACUUAAUAUAAUGCAAACACUUCAAAAAGAUCCUUAUCAGGCCUUUUGUGAUAAACUUUAUUGUGAUUAUACGUGUCUUAAAUGUAUACAGCAAGACACUUAUGUUAAUCUUUUCAUCUCUUUGGCAGUCAAGUGCAUGAUAAAGGUCUGACCAUGGAAAGCUGAAUUCUAACAUCUUAUCUUGUUAUUGGGGGGAAAUUAUGGAGAAGCCGGUUCCAGCUGCCAAGAUGAUGGACCUGCAAAUAGACGAGGUGGUGUACCAGGACGACUACGGCUCCGGAUCUGUGAUGUCGGAGCGGGUGUCGGGCCUGGCCAACAGCAUCUACCGGGAGUUUGAGCGGCUGAUCCGCAGCUAUGAUGAGGAGGUGGUGAAGGAGCUGAUGCCGCUGGUGGUGAACGUCCUGGAGAACCUGGACGGGGUGCUGACGGAGAACCAGGAGCAUGAGGUGGAGCUAGAGCUGCUGAAGGAGGACAACGAGCAGCUCAUCACCCAGUACGAGAGGGAGAAAGCGCUGAGGAAACAAGCGGAGGAGAAAUUCAUUGAAUUUGAGGAUGCGUUGGAAGCAGAGAAGAAGGAUCUGCAGGUGCAGGUGGAGUUUCUGGAGCUGCAGUCCAAACAGCAGGAGCUCAAAUCAAAGAACUACUCCGACCAGAUCGUGCGGUUGGAGGAGCGGGAAUCAGACAUGAAGAAAGAGUACAAUGCUCUGCACCAGCGCCACACUGAGAUGAUCCAGACAUACGUGGAGCACAUAGAGCGGUCCAAAAUGCAGCAGGCGGGGAGCAACAGCCAAUCAGAAGGCCCGGGCUGUGGACGAACUCAACGCCACACAUGGAGGAAAAGCAGCAAAGCGGAGCGCCCGCCUUCAUUGAGCCUUUACCCCAGCGGCGAGGGAAUGGUACGUGGGGGUCUCGGGGGGGCUAGGAUGAUGCCCGGGAAAGACAUCUGGCAGGUCAGCGAGCUCGGCCAGUCUCCUUUCCGCUCUGCCUAUCAGGAGGAUGGAUCAGAGUCCGACUCAGUGGCAGCUACACCCAGCAGCACAGGGAGCAAGUCCAACACCCCCACCUCCUCCGUCCCCUCCGCUACCGUCACCCCCAUCAACGAGGGCUUCCUCCCGCAGUCAGAGUUCGAUCCAAUGCGAGCUGGAAACCGCAGGAAAGGUGCUAAGAGGCUCAGCAGGAAUAUGGAGGUGCAGGUUUCACAAGAGACCAGGAAUGUCAGCAUCGGCAUGGGAAGCAGCGAUGAAUGGUCCGAGUUUCAGGAGAUCAUCGAUUCCACCCCUGAGUUGGACAUGUGCGUGGACCCCCGUGUGUACGGAGGAGGAAACAGCCCCUCCCAGGGCAUUGUGAACGUGGCCUUCGGCAUCAACACCGAAUCUCUAUACCACGAGAUCAAAGACGCCAAAUCAGACAUCAUCGGAGACGUAGACGCAGGCGCCGAGCUGCUAGGCGAGUUCUCAGUCCGCGAUGAUUUCUUCGGGAUGGGUAAAGAGGUGGAAAACCUGCUGACAGAGAACAAACAGCUCUUAGAGACCAAAAAUGCUCUCAACAUUGUGAAAAAUGACCUUAUUGCCAAAGUGGACGAGCUGUCGGGGGAGCAGGAGGUGCUGAGGGAGGAGGUGGAGGCUCUGAGGCAGUCCAAGAACAAAGUGGACGUCAGAGUCAAGGAGCUGGAAGAGGAGCUCAGGAGGUUAAGAGCAGAGGCUCUCGGUGCGUCUCGGGACUCAAAGGAUGAAGGUGGUGAUGACUUUUCAUCACCCAUGCAAGACGGAGACAUGACGAUGACGCAGCGGCGGCGAUUCACCCGGGUGGAGAUGGCCCGAGUGCUGAUGGAGAGGAAUCAGUACAAAGAGAGGCUGAUGGAGCUGCAGGAAGCCGUGCGGUGGACAGAGAUGAUCAGGGCGUCCAGAGAAAGUCCUCAAAUCCAAGAGAAAAAGAAGUCCACCAUCUGGCAGUUCUUCGCCCGUCUCUUCAGCACAUCGUCCAGCCCUCCGCCCGUCAAGCGGCCGUACUACAGCGUCAACAUCCACUACAAGUCUCCCUCGCCGGCCGGCUUCUCUCAGCGCCGCAGCCACACCAUGUGUCAGAUCUCCACCUCCAACCGCACGCUGGAGUUCUUCCCCGAAGAACUGGCCAGUAACGGUGUUGCGUCUCUCCUCAGCGACUCGGCACUGUCGGCCCGACGAGAGCAGCGGCGUGAACAGUACCGGCAGGUCCGCGAGCACAUGAGGCGCGACGACGGCAUCAUGCAGGCGUGUGGCUGGAGCGUGCCGUCUCGCUUCAAACAGCCUGGAGCUCUACCGGAAACCGCUCAGGACAGCCCGCUGAAGAGACAACAACAGCCGACAGCCGAGAAGGAGGACAACCGCAUGAAGAACGUUCCCGUCCCGGUGUACUGCCGUCCUCUGGUGGAGAAAGACCCCAACAGGAAGUUGUGGUGUGCAGCAGGCGUGGACCUGACAGGGUGGAGGGCGAGCUGCCAGGAGUCGGCAUUAGCCAAAGCUCCGUCGGGCGGCAGCGACCCUCUGCACGCUGAGGAGAACGGAGGCGGCAAGAAGAGCAGCCACAGCUCCCCAGAGAAGAGGAAGUCGAAGGAGCUGCAGGAGACGGACACCAUGAGCAGCAGGGUGUGGAUCCUCACCAGCACUCACUCUGCCAGUAAGGUGGUCAUCAUCGACGCCAACCAGCCCGGCUCGCUGGUCGAUCAGUUCAACGUCUGCAACGCCCACGUGCUCUGCAUCUCCAGUGUGCCAGCUGCCAGCGAGAAUGACUAUCCCCCCGGAGAGAUCGUGUUGGAUCCCGGUGACGGGGGAGUCGGGGGAGGAGGCGACGACUCGGGCAGCGUGGAAGGCAUGCUGGCCGGCAUCACGCUCGUCGGCUGCGCCACCAACUGUAGCGUUGCACGUAGCAACUGCUCCUCACGCACUGACACGCCCAUCAUGGACAAAGGACAAGCCCCCACCGCCCCCCCCAUGAACGGGAAGAUCCACCCUGCUCAGUCGGCCGAGGAGGCGACGGAGGCCACCGAGGUUCCCGAGUCCACGGCGAGCCACGGAGAACUGAGGUCCGGACCACCAGGACCGUUCACUGAGCACGUCUUCACCGACCCCCCGCCCCGCCUCACAGACGCCUCUGACAGGAGCUCAGGUCAAUCCAAAGAGGAAACUUCACAGCCUUCAGAGUCUGAGGACGGAGGUGAAGACACCAAGAACUACACCAGCGUGGCCCCCACCAUGUGGCUCGGGGCCCAGAACGGCUGGCUCUACGUCCACUCAGCGGUUGGAAACUGGAAGAAGUGCCUCCACUCCAUCAAACUCAAAGACUCUGUGCUCAGUCUGGUACAUGUGAAAGGUCGAGUGCUGGUCGCCCUCGCUGACGGGACCCUCGCCAUAUUCCACAGAUCAGAGGAUGGCCAGUGGGAUCUGUCAAACUACCACCUGAUGGACCUGGGUCGGCCUCAUCACUCCAUCCGCUGCAUGGCUGUUGUCCACGAUAAGGUUUGGUGCGGGUACAAAAACAAGAUCCACGUCAUCCAGCCCAAGAGCAUGCAGAUCGAGAAAUCCUUCGACGCCCACCCUCGCAGGGAGAGUCAAGUGCGGCAGCUGGCCUGGAUCGGUGACGGUGUUUGGGUGUCGAUCCGGCUGGACUCCACGCUGCGUCUCUACCACGCGCACACACACCAACACCUGCAAGAUGUGGACAUCGAGCCGUACGUCAGCAAGAUGCUGGGUACUGGCAAGCUGGGCUUCUCUUUUGUGCGAAUCACGGCGCUUCUGAUUGGUGGAAAUCGUCUCUGGGUGGGAACCGGAAACGGCGUGAUCAUCUCCAUCCCACUGACAGAGACGGUGGUCCUUCACCGAGGACAGCUCCUUGGUUUGAGGGCCAAUAAGGUGUCUCCUACAUCGUCUAGCGGAGUGAUCCAUGUCUACGGAGACGACGGCUCUGAGAAAAGCACCGGCAGCUUCAUCCCGUACUGCUCCAUGGCUCAAGCCCAGCUGUGCUUCCAUGGACACCGGGAUGCUGUCAAGUUCUUUGUCUCCGUGCCCGGUAAUGUCCUGGCCACACUGAACGGCAGCGUGCUGGACAGUCCGUCGGAGGGUCAGGGGUCUACGGCGCCCGCAGAAACGGAGACUCAGAGUGUUCACAACGUGCUGGUGCUGAGCGGAGGAGAGGGAUACAUCGACUUCCGCAUAGGUGACGGAGAGGACGAUGAGACAGAGGAAGGUGACGCUGCUGCUGUUGUACCCUCGCAGAUCAAACCGGCUCUGUGUAAAGCUGAGCGCAGCCACAUCAUCGUGUGGCAGGUGUCCUACAUACCUGAGUGACACACACACAAACUCUCCUCCUUAAACAAACCUCCUCCUGCCCCUUAAAGCUUCCAGCCACCCUUGUAAUUAUCCCAUGUCAUGUAAAAGUCCCCCCCCCUUGGCUCUAAAACGACCCUCCAAGCCGUGUAUUGUAACUAUUAUCUCCCCUCCUGCCCCGUCACCUUGUAACUUUAAUGCCUUGUAAGUACCUCCUCUGAUCUAGUAAUCUGCCUGUUUCUGCCCCGACCCGGGCAUUGUUACGAUCUUCAUGAGCCUUGUAACCCAGCCUCAUAACUACCUCCCUUAUAUUCACCCUGUAAGCACACUGUAUCUCCUCCUAUAUUUACCUCAAUUGUCCUGCAUCUUCCCCAAAAGUUACUCCCCCUCCUCCUCUUCUUCCUCCACUAAGUUUCUCAUAUGUAAAGCCUCCACCUUGUCUUAAAGCAAAAGCCCAGAGCCCCAAAACACAUGGAAAAAGAAAGAAAAGCAGGCACAGGAUUGUGUGUUUGUCUGGUUUUAAUACAGCCAAUUAUCAAUUAGUGAUAAUCCACAUUUUUCGGGAUGCAGUUGCCAGGUUUUUACGGAUUGAGUCUUUUUCGACAGUAAAAUUAGAUCCAAUGAGGCAAAUGUUAUUUCGGCUUCAAGAUUGUAGUGGACGUCCAAAGAGUUUCAUAUUUUACGAUGAUAUUGAAACAAAUUGAAAGUCUAAAUUAGACUUCAUUGUCAGCAGAGAAGUCUGGGCUUUUUUGGCUGUUACCCUAAAAUAUUUUGCAUCCAAUCACGUCUAUUAAGAGUCUUGAUUAAAGACGCUUGCUCAUUUUAUACCCUGAUAAAAAUGUAAAAACCCCCAUGAGGAUUGAAAUGACCUAUCGUGCGAGGAUAUAUCUGGUGCCUGAUGUAAAUUAAAGAGUCGUCGUUAAGCCAGGGGAAGGGGCGGUGCUUAAUGUGUCGAGGGUCUCUCAUCUGACUGGCUGUUGAUCAGGCGGUUUGUUGUAAAGCAGGUGAACAGUGAUGUGUCGUCAUUACGUGUUCAGGGAUUAUUGUAAAUCUCCAAACAUUCUGAAGCCCAUCCUCUCUGUUCAGUAUGGAAAUUCAUGCAUUGAUCUCCAUUUGUGUGGAUUAAAUAUUAAACAUAUUUGUGUGCGGAAAAAACGUACGAGUGAUUUAUGUUUACUUUUCAAAACCUUUCUUGAUUGGUUUAUUGUUGUUGAUUAUUACAAUACAAACCCAUACAGCGUUAUGGGAUUUUAAAGCAGCACAAAGUGACAAAAAGCAGCUUUUGGAGAACUUCAUAGAACAGGUUUUUGUUUUUUUUAUUUGGAAACUUAACUUGACAUGAAUUCAAAAAUAAAGCUCCUCACAAGCUGUUCAGCAUCUUAUUUUAAAACUUGUAACAUUCAAGUAGUCCCGCCCCUACAGAGCCUCAGUUAAGAAAAUACAGGAAACUAAAUUACCUGUGAAGGAAGGCAUUAAUUGCAUUAGGUAAUUCCUCCCGUGGGGUUGGGAUUUUUAUUGCAAGAACCAUUACCAGAGAACCACAAUAGCUCAUUUAUAACUUUAAAUGGAAUCCCGUUUUUUAAGCCAGUUGAUGA